AAGAAUAGAGGCGUAGAGGGACCUAGGUGAGGUCAGAAAGAGGAGAGUGAGGGAGAGGAAAGAUACAGGAUUAGGUAAUUGUAGUGAAACAGAGAUUGGAGGCAGUGUGUUUGUGUCUGUACAAAUGAGUGGACUCUGCAUGGGGCCUAGGAGCAUUUAGAUCACAUUUCCCUUUCAGGUGGAGACAACCUGAUACAGGACCUACAAGACUUUACCGUAUCGGUGGAUUUACGGAGUGCUGGAGGAAGGUCCUGAGCCUCAUGUGACGAUCCAUGUGGGAACUGUAGCAGCUACACAGACUCACCCUCCUUCCUACCACACCUCUCUACACAGCGUACAGCCAUGGAGGACCAGUUAGAGGAGCUGAGGCAACAGCUGGAGAAACAGACCCUGAUCAACCAGGAGCUGCAGAACCACAACAAGGACCUAGAAAGAAGACUGCAGGAGAAGGAGAAGUUGCUGAAGGAGCUACACAGUCAUUACCAUGACCUGGAGUUCCCUGCUCAGAUGAGCAGUAAUGAAGGGGAACCGGAGGUCAGGAAGAGCCGAGCGGCUGUCAUGGCCCCUGAGCUAAUCCCAGAGGAGCAGCUGGAGAUCAUGAAGACCAAAGUCAAGAAGACUGUGAGUGAGACAAGUCUGAUCGUCAUGGCCAUCCAGAAGAACGACUUCCUGAGUCGCCUUGACGACGAACAGAUCACCAUGAUGGUGGAGCUCCUAGUGGCCAUCGACUUAAAACCAGGAAAUGAUGUCAUCAAGGAGGGCAGUGAGGGAGACAGCAUGUACAUCGUUGCAGCGGGUGAGCUCUAUGUCAGUCAAGCAGGUCGUAACCUUCGAACCUUGACCUGUGGGGAUGUCUUUGGAGAGUUGGCUAUUCUGUAUAACUGCAAACGCACCGCCACAGUCAAAGCUAAGACAGUGGUGAGUCUGUGGUGUUUGGAGAGACAGACGUACAGAACCAUCAUGACCAACAAGUCCAAGAAGAAACGUGAACAGAUAAUGGGCUUCUUAAAGACGUCUCAGACUCUGAAGGCCCUGAAUGAUGUUCAGCUCUCUAAGAUCAUUGACUCCAUGGAGGAGGUGAAGUACCAGAACAAUGACGUCAUUGUGCGUGAGGGGGCAGAGGGCAACACGUUCUACAUCAUCCUUAAAGGAGAGGUCCAGGUGACUAAGAAGGUGAACAGCCAGCAGAAACAGAUUCGCAGGAUGGGCAAAGGGGAGCAUUUCGGGGAAUUGGCCCUCAUACGUGAGAUCCUGAGGACUGCAACCUGCACUGCUCUGGGCCCUGUUACCUGCUUCUCCAUCGAUAAGGAGGUAUUUGAGGAGACGAUCCCCAUUGAACACCUGGAGCUCCAUGAUGACUCUAAGGUUCUGGAGGAGCCAGAUGCUCCAGAGAAGACCAGUCCUAGUUCCUCUCUGAGGCUGAAGGACCUGAUCCCUGUGCUGUACCAGGAGGGGCGCUACCAGGGAGAACCUGUCACCCUCGGAGUGGGAGGAUUUGGUCGCGUUGAACUGGUGACCACGCUGCACCAUGGGAAGUACUUUGCCAUGAAGCGGGUCAGUAAGAAGCACAUUGUUGCUAAGCAACAGGAGGAGCAUGUCCUCUUUGAGAAGAGGAUCCUCAAAGCCAUCCAGAGUGACUUCAUCGUCAGGCUCCAUUAUGCCUUCAAAGACACUCGCUAUAUCUACAUGAUUAUGGAGUUCUGUGUAGGAGGGGAGAUCUGGACAAAGCUCAAAGAAGUUGGUCACUUCGAUGAGCCCAUUGCUGUGUUCUGCACUGCCUGUGUAGUAGAGGCCUAUGCCUACCUCCAUAAGAAGGGCAUCAUGUACAGAGACCUCAAGCCUGAGAAUCUGAUGCUGGAUGCCAAGGGCUACGUCAAACUGGUAGACUUUGGUUUUGCUAAGGAGUUAGUGCACGGUAAUAAGACCUACUCAUUCUGUGGUACUCCUGAGUACAUGGCCCCAGAGAUCAUCCAGAACCAGGGACACGACUUCGCUGCUGACUUCUGGUCCCUGGGCAUCCUGGUCUAUGAGCUGCUGGUGGGGAGCCCUCCAUUUUCCAGUUCCGAGCCCGCGAAGAUCUACCCUAAAAUUUUGGAUGGGUUGCUCAAGUUCCCCCCUUACAUGGGCGAGGGGGCCAAGUCUCUCAUCAGUAAACUGUGCAGACCUCGGCCGGGUCAGAGGCUGGGAAACACCAAGAAUGGGAUCAAAGAUGUCCGCAAUCACAGGUGGUUUAGUAGUAUGAACUGGCAGAAGCUUCGUGUGGGCCAGGUGGAGGCUCCUACAAUCAGACUCAUACGCAAGGGUCCAUGCUACAUCAACUUUGACCGCUUCCCCUUCGACCAGACUAAGGCCGAUGAGGAGUUCUCUGGCUGGGACAAAAACUUCUGACUCCAACCAGAACCAGAUCCUGAACCUGAACCAGUCCUAGAGGGUCAGAGUUCAGAGGUUACACCGGGGCUCACUGAUAGGUGGAUCCAGACCAGAUUACUUCUUGGUGACCUCGAUGUUCCCGUUACCUUCUAGACUCUGAAAGACCAACGCACCGUAGGGGCAGGAAUGGGACUAUGCCCAGAGCGAUAGAUACACAUGGAUAGGUUCUGACUACUUUGUACUAAGGCUCUAAUUUCACUAUGCUGGCUUCGCAGAACCCUCUGGUGGCUGCUCUGUGACUUUAAUAAGGUGAGAGAUACUGUACAACACUGAGAGGCAUGAAGUAAAACAUGUGAAUAUGAACAGCCACUCUUGCAUACACACCUUCUGAUCUUUGUGGAUGCCAUCUUAACUUGGCACAUGCUCACUGAAAGCUGUAUGUGUGUGUUGUGCCCAAAAGAAAGUAUAAUAUAAAACGGCUGGAUGGAAUGUCUCAUGCUGGACAAAGUGAAUGAUUUUACCUUUGACCCUCAUUGUACUGUGUAACUCAGGAUGGCAUUAUCAUUGCUUUUAUUGUGUUAGUGUCUAUGCCUUGUAGCAUAUAAUGUCUGUAUAGAAUACUAAAUGUAUGUGUUUCACUUUCAAAUAAAUAUAUAUGGCACCUAAUGAACCCUAAA